CUCCUGUGUCAUUAUUUAUAGGCAGAUCUUUUUAGCCAAUCACUGAAUGGGAUUUUCAUGACGUGUCCCUAGGACGUGUGGGUCGUCUUCCAAAUGGACCAAUCAGAGUUAGCGGACAGCUAGCAAGUUUGUUCGAGUGAGGACAGCAGUGUCUUGAACACGAACCGAGCUAGCGAGUUAGCCGGCUAGAUUACACACACGUACAUAUAGUUUACACGAUUUUAUUCAUUUGUUUUCUAGCACAGACUUAGUGUAAUAUUAUUGCUACGAUUGUCAAUAUUUAAAAUGCCUCGUCGGGCCGCUUCUCGGCCUGCUGAGGCGAAGUUGUUGUUUGUGUUUUUGGUGUUAAGUGUACUGAGUACUGAAAGAGUCUCAGGCAUUCAGGAGGAGAACAAAUUACCUGAAGUGCAGCAGCCCGCUGAGAAAGUUCCGACCGGCCAACCUGCAGUUCCAGCCAUCAGUCCCAAUGAGCCUAGUAAAGGCAACCUGGGAUUUAUCCAUGCGUUUGUGGCAGCGAUUUCGGUCAUCAUCGUCUCCGAGCUGGGAGAUAAGACUUUCUUCAUUGCAGCCAUCAUGGCCAUGCGCUAUAACCGUCUCACUGUCUUAGCAGGGGCCAUGCUGGCUCUGGGUCUCAUGACCUGCCUGUCAGUCCUCUUUGGUUAUGCCACCACUAUUAUCCCACGGAUCUACACCUACUACAUCUCCACAGCGCUGUUUGCCAUCUUCGGCGUGAGGAUGUUGAGAGAGGGGCUGAGGAUGAGCGCUGAUGAAGGCCAGGAGGAACUUGAAGAGGUUCAGGCUGAGAUUAAGAAGAAAGACGAGGAGCUUCAGCGUUAUAAACUGGCCAACGGGGCUCCUGAUGUAGAGGUGGGGACAGCGGGGGCCAUGUUGCCUCAGAGGAAGUGGCACAAUUGUAUCUCGCCCAUCUUCAUCCAGGCACUCACACUCACUUUCCUUGCUGAGUGGGGUGACCGCUCUCAGCUCGCCACCAUCGUUCUGGCUGCACGGGAGGAUCCAUUUGGCGUGGCGGUGGGUGGAACUCUGGGACAUUGUCUCUGCACAGGCCUGGCUGUGGUUGGUGGAAGGAUGGUGGCUCAGAAAAUAUCAGUCAGGACUGUUACAAUCAUCGGCGGAAUCGUGUUUCUCGCUUUUGCUUUCUCUGCCCUCUUCAUCAAGCCGGAUACUGGAUUCUGAUAAGAGGACAUACUUUCUGGGCUCAAUCUGUAAAUACCAGCUCCGAAGUGCUGUAUUCACAAAGAUGGACUAUACGUAAAGGCCGCCAUUAAAGGGUGGUACGUGUACGUGUGUGUGAAAGCAAAGUGUUACUGUUUAAGACCCUGUCACAGACCAUUGGAUUUUAUUGUGGUUAGGUUUUUCUUCUUCUCUUCUCACUUAAUUAUGCGAUGUGUGUCCUUUUAAUAGCGGUUUAAUUUCCUUUACUUCUAUCCCCUAUAAAUUCAUUGUAUCUUCUUUCAUACGGUUUUCUCUUCCCAUCACGCCCAUAAACCUACAGUCAGUGUGCAUGAGCUGGUCAGGCUGUUUGAAUGUUUGGAAUGCAAUGUGUGUGCAUUCAGUUCACAGCCUUACAAUGCAACUCGGUAAUAAGCACAAGCAAGGAGCAAGUGCCCAGUUUUAGAGAAGUAAUUAUGUACAUCACUGUGUCCUUUCACUCAUGGGAUGAUGCCUGUUUGUAGUAAAAUGCAGUAAGUAGUCUUGCAAGCCCAACUGCUAAGCUCAGGUUAGAGAGCGUGCUACGUUUCGACAAUAAACGCAGCCAAGAACCACCUACUUUUGUUGACUAAGUAAAACCAUUUAAUAAGGUUUAGACUGUAUUCCUUUACUCUGUUGGUCUGUUCGAGUUUGUAUUCCUACUGGAACAAAAGCAGGGAAGUGUGGAAGUUGGUCAGCAUUCAUGAUCCUGAACGUUGUGGCCUGAGAAGUGUACAAAAGUGUCAGAUGCUCUGUAUCUCAAGGCUAUCCCAUACGGACUGGUGCUCCUACUUCAGCGCAAAAUCUAAAGAGGCAAAGUGACUCUGUUUAGGGCCAGAAAAUGACUUGUUUAAUUUAUGUCUGAAGAAUUUCUUUUAAUCAAUGUCAAUGAGUCCUGUACUUCAGCUGCAUCCCCCCUCCCAUAGCUAAGCUCUCUUAAGAGACCAGCAGAAUUUUUUUUUUUAAAUAAAUAUAUAUAUUUGAUCAUUUAUUCAGUACUCCACUUUAAAGAAAAUGAACAGCUGAUCUAGGAAAAAUUAGUUUUACUCAUCUUUAGAGCAUUGAUUUCUCCCCCCCCCCCCAUGUCAAAGUACUGUAGAACUGUCAGGGAAGACAUUGCUGGGUUUUGUACGGUUUAAGGUGACAUCUUUGUCAAUAUUUGACUGGAUUUAUUCAUCUGUGAAGGGCAAGUAAAUUCACUAUUCAUUGUGCAGAGGAGUUGACUGUAAAAAUUCCUGUAAAUAAUAAAUUAAACUAUAAGUAUGGCUUUUUAUGCCUGUAGCUGUCUUGAUACUGGAAGCAAUACAAGUGGAAAAAUUUGCUGAAGGGCUUUAACUGAA